AUGCACCUCGGGCGCGACGACAUGCAGCUCGAGGCCUCGCGACCUCCAGACGACUCCCCGAUUUUGUCAAGGGACACGAGAGAUGGAAAGACGAGAGACGAUGCCAAGGCCCCUCGGCUCACUAUCUACGCAGGGAAACACGGACGUCAAACAGAAUGGGUUGGUUGGGGCAUCGUUGGCCGUUGCCUUGGACGCAAGAGCGCGCAAACACGACCAGCCUGUUUUUCAUUGCCCGAUCCAGAUCUUCGGGACCGGCGACGUGUGUACGCAGCAUGUAUGGCUGAUGUGCCUUUCUAUGCCAACACGGCACAUGAAUCAACGACUGAAGGCCUCACCCGCGACGACGUCAUGCAGGCCGCACAAAUGGUACGUUGCAAAAUCGUCAUACUGAGAUAA